CAUGCCUCUUCGGCCAGGUCAAGAAAGAAGCUGGUUCGCAAGAAGCUGGUGCGCAAGACCCUGAACAUGAUCAAGAAGAUCACAGAGGAGCACAACGAGAAGUUCUGGAAGGAGUUUGGCACCAACAUCAAGCUGGGUGUCAUCGAGGACCACUCCAACCGGACCCGUCUGGCCAAGCUGCUGCGUUUCCAGACCUCCAACAGCGACACGGUGCUGGCCAGCCUGGAACAGUACGUAGAAAGGAUGAAGGAGAAGCAGGAUAAGAUCUACUUCCUGGCUGGGACCAGCAGACAAGAGGCCGAGUCGUCUCCCUUUGUGGAGAAGCUGUUGAACAGGGGUUAUGAGGUCGUCUACCUGACAGAGCCUGUGGAUGAGUACUGUAUCCAGGCCCUACCGGAGUUCGACGGCAAGCACUUCCAGAACGUGGCCAAGGCAGGGUACAAUUUUAAAAAUGAGGGUGUCAAGUUUGACGAGAGCGACAACACCAAGGAGAAGAGGGAGGCCCUGGAGAAGGAGUAUGAACCUCUCACAACCUAGAUGAAGGACAGCGCCCUGAAGGACAAGAUCGAGAAGGCUGUGCUGUCCCAGAGGCUGAGCAACUCUCCCUGUGCCCUGGUAGCCAGCCAGUACGGCUGGUCCGGUAACAUGGAAAGGAUCAUAAAGGCACAGGCCUACCAGACAGGAAAAGACAUAUCCACAAAUUAUUAUGCAAGCCAGAAGAAAACACUGGAGAUCCUUACCAAACACCCUCUGAUUAAAGAAAUGUUGAAGAGAAUACAUGAUAAUGCAGAGGACCAGACGGCCUCAGACCUGGCUGUAGUGCUGGUUGAGACGGCCACACUACGGUCAGGCUACCAGCUGGCUGACACCAAGGCCUAUGGAGACAGGAUAGAACGCAUGCUCCGACUCAGCAUGAACGUGGACCUCAAUGGAGAGGGAGCCACAGGAAGGUAUGAACUGUGAGACGGACUGAGCGAGGGGGUGGGAGGGAAGGGUGAGGGAGCGAACUGGGGGGCAGAGCUUUGACUGGAACUAGGUCCAUUUUCUCUGCUGAAAAUAAUCAGGUGGGUGUUUGGGUUUUAGUAGCUUCUGUUGAUUAUUUUCUACAUUCCUACAUUACUGUAAAUGUGUUACUAUUUAACUGAGGCGGUUAUGGUUAUGGAGUGUCGACUUCCUGUCACGAGAACCAUUAAAUGUUUCCGGAAAGGUAA